CGGCGGAGGCUGACGGAGGAGGCGGCGGCGGCAGUGGCUGCCGCAGACGGUGGUUAAAAAAAGGCGGCGGCGGCGGCAGCGGCGGCGGCAAGGGAUGGGAGCGCCGUGGCUCCCGGGCGCAGGCGGGAGCUGCCGAGCUUUCCGGGCAAGGCGGGAGUACUGAGGAGAAAGGGGAGCGUCUGAGGGGCCCGCAGCCGGCUCCCGAGGCACGGGCCGGGUUUUUGUUCGGCUGCGCUGAGCGCCAGGCAGCCCGAGCCAACAACUCCAGUUACAACAACAACCCACCUUCCCGCAGCCGAGCGAGACUAGGGCUGCUGCGUCCGUCCUAUUGUUUAGACACUUGCCAGGAGCUCGGGAGUCUGCGGAGCCUCCGAGUCCCCGCUCCCUGUUGCCGCCUUCCCUCUCCCCCACUUCCCUCCCCAGAGAAGGAGGCGCGGAAAGACCGGGAGAGGGGAAGGGGCUGGAAGGAAACGGGCUGCUCCGGACUGCGGCCGCCGAGUCAGGUGCAGCGCUGGGAGACGGGCGGCGUCGCGACGUCGGCGGGAGGACUCCCACCGUGUCUGUGAGGACUGGAUUCUAAGCCUGGGAAAAGUUCCUGCACUUUGAGAAGAAGGGCCCACUUGUAGGCUACUGUCGAGGGGGGGAGCCCGAGGGGCUGUGCUUGCCCAGGAGCCCGGUCUUGUUUCUUCCACCUUUGCCAUCAGGUGUCUGCUGCGGAGCUGCGGCGUAUCCGGGAGACGAAAGGGGCUGACACACACACGCACAGGGGACUGCCGUGCAGCUGCCUCCUGGGGUCUCCUCGGGAGUAGCAGAUCCCACGACCGUCUACCAGCUACCAUCUCGCCACCCUCCGGAACACCCCUGCCUGACUGGGAAGCGGACACCUCCACCUUGGCCUUUCCACUCUUUCCUGCCGGCCUGCCAGCCAUUCCCUACUUAGUCUUCUCAGGAGCUCUCGUCCUUAACUUGGUCUCUAGGAUUUUCUCUACCGUGGUCGUGACUAGUGGAUAUUUCUGCCGGCUGCGGCGGCGCGACUGCCCUUUUGUCUUUUCUGCGUGACCUCGGUGAAGGCCUUGGUGCGGAGCGUCGCCAAGGACGCCAGGCGGGAGGCAGAACUGCCCAGACAUCCUUCAGCGAAGUGAAGGUUUAUUUGAAAACCGCCCUCGGCUGUCAGUAGACGACGAGGACCCGUCCGGACUGCGGAGGAGCCGCAGGCCGGUGGGAGGCCGCGUGAGUGAGCCGAGCAGCGCCAGGAGCCCCGCAGCGCCGUCCCGCGUCCCCCAGGCUGCGCGCCAGCCCUGUGCGCCCCCGCGCGCCAUGCCCAGUGGUUCAGCACGCUCCACUCCCAGCCCGUGGGGCUCCUGCGCCUUCUAGUUUCGAAGAGCCCACUUUAAUCGAGUCCACCAUUUCUACUGAGCCCUUCUCUUCUGUCUCCUGCAGUCCCCACUGGAAUUGGAUUUGCAGAGGGAGUCGUGGAAUCUGAGCAUCCUUGACCCACGCGCAACCAGUCCCUGCAUCUUCACCGCCGUUGGGAGUCCCAGGUCUUUUACCACCAAGUUGAUAUUUGCGAGACAGACGAGGCGUGAUCUCCCGGCCUUCUCUGGGGUCUCCCUAUAGCCUUGGCCAGGCCAGUUGAUCUUCAGGACCUAAAGUUGCCCAAGGAGCGUCUGCCCUGCUAGAGGAGAGUGAGGGUUACUAAGAGGCGUGUACCCAUGUCAGCUCUACUGCCUUGAAUAUUACUGUUACUUCCAUAUUAUUUUGUGCACAUUUUCCGGACACUCUGGGUUGCUAGCCUCGCUCCAGGCACUGGGCCUCAGGCUCAGCACGGUUCGAGCGGAGUAGCAAGCUAAAGAGAAACCCUCGGCGCCUACGAGCGAGGAGGCGGCAGGGGAAGAUGUGCGGCGUCGGCUGGCAGACGCUGUCCCUGUCGCUGGGGUUAGUGCUGGCGAUCCUGAACAAGGUGGCGCCGCAAGCGUGCCCGGCGCAGUGCUCCUGCUCUGGGAGCACAGUGGACUGUCACGGACUGGCGCUGCGCAGUGUGCCCAGGAACAUCCCCCGCAACACCGAGAGACUGGAUUUAAAUGGAAAUAACAUCACACGGAUUACCAAGACAGACUUUGCUGGUCUUAGGCACCUAAGAGUUCUUCAGCUUAUGGAGAAUAAGAUUAGCACUAUUGAAAGAGGAGCAUUCCAGGAUCUUAAAGAACUGGAGAGACUGCGUUUAAACAGAAAUCACCUUCAGCUGUUUCCUGAGUUGCUGUUUCUUGGAACUGCGAAGCUAUACAGGCUUGACCUCAGUGAAAACCAAAUUCAGGCAAUUCCAAGGAAAGCUUUCCGUGGGGCAGUUGAUAUUAAAAAUCUGCAGCUGGAUUACAACCAGAUCAGCUGUAUUGAAGACGGGGCGUUUAGGGCUCUCCGGGACCUGGAAGUGCUCACUCUCAACAAUAACAACAUUACUAGACUUUCUGUGGCAAGUUUCAACCACAUGCCCAAACUUAGGACCUUUCGACUGCAUUCGAACAACCUGUACUGUGACUGCCACCUGGCCUGGCUCUCCGACUGGCUGCGCCAGCGGCCCCGGGUGGGCCUCUACACGCAGUGUAUGGGGCCGUCCCACCUGCGGGGCCACAAUGUAGCUGAGGUUCAAAAGCGGGAGUUUGUCUGCAGCGGUAAGGGGGAAAGAAGCUUCCCGUUCCCGUAUUCCUGUCUGCUUGUUUUGCACUGUCCGGCCGCUUGUACCUGUAGCAACAAUAUCGUAGACUGCCGUGGGAAAGGUCUCACUGAGAUCCCCACGAAUCUGCCAGAGACCAUCACGGAAAUACGUUUGGAACAGAACUCAAUCAAGGUCAUCCCUCCUGGAGCUUUCUCACCAUAUAAAAAGCUUAGAAGAAUCGACCUGAGCAAUAAUCAGAUCUCUGAGCUAGCGCCAGAUGCUUUCCAAGGACUCCGCUCCCUGAAUUCACUAGUCCUCUAUGGAAAUAAAAUCACAGAACUCCCAAAAAGUUUAUUUGAAGGACUGUUUUCCUUACAGCUACUAUUGUUGAAUGCCAACAAGAUAAACUGCCUUCGGGUAGAUGCUUUUCAGGAUCUGCACAACUUGAACCUUCUCUCCUUGUACGACAACAAGCUGCAGACCAUCGCCAAGGGGACCUUUUCGCCUCUCCGGGCCAUUCAGACUAUGCAUUUGGCCCAGAAUCCCUUUAUUUGUGACUGCCACCUCAAGUGGCUGGCGGAUUACCUCCAUACCAACCCGAUCGAAACCAGCGGGGCCCGCUGCACCAGCCCCCGGCGUCUGGCAAACAAAAGAAUCGGACAGAUCAAAAGCAAGAAAUUCCGUUGUUCAGCUAAAGAACAGUAUUUCAUUCCAGGUACAGAAGACUACCGAUCAAAAUUAAGUGGAGACUGCUUUGCCGACUUGGCUUGCCCGGAAAAAUGUCGCUGUGAAGGGACCACGGUAGAUUGCUCCAAUCAAAAACUCACCAAGAUUCCGGACCACAUUCCCCAGUACACCGCAGAGCUGCGCCUCAAUAGUAAUGAAUUUACAGUGUUGGAAGCUACAGGGAUCUUCAAGAAACUUCCUCAGUUGCGUAAAAUAAACUUUAGCAACAAUAAGAUCACAGACAUUGAAGAGGGAGCGUUUGAAGGAGCAUCUGGUGUAAACGAAAUACUUCUCACAAGUAAUCGUCUGGAAAAUGUUCAGCAUAAAAUGUUCAAGGGAUUGGAAAGCCUCAAAACUUUGAUGUUAAGGAGUAAUCGCAUAAGCUGUGUAGGGAACGACAGUUUCAUAGGACUCAGUUCUGUGCGUCUGCUUUCUUUAUACGAUAAUCAAAUUACGACGAUUGCACCAGGGGCUUUUGAUACUCUCCAUUCUUUAUCUACUCUAAACCUCUUGGCCAAUCCUUUUAACUGUAACUGCUACCUGGCUUGGUUGGGAGAAUGGCUCAGGAAGAAAAGAAUUGUAACGGGAAAUCCUCGAUGUCAGAAACCCUACUUUCUCAAAGAGAUCCCCAUCCAGGAUGUUGCCAUCCAAGACUUCACGUGCGAUGAUGGAAAUGAUGACAACAGUUGUUCCCCACUCUCUCGCUGUCCUACGGAGUGUACCUGCUUGGACACAGUGGUCCGAUGUAGCAACAAAGGCCUGAAGGUCUUGCCCAAAGGCAUUCCAAGAGACGUCACUGAAUUGUAUCUGGAUGGGAACCAAUUUACACUGGUUCCUAAGGAACUCUCCAACUACAAGCAUCUAACACUUAUAGACUUAAGUAACAACCGAAUCAGCACCCUGUCUAAUCAGAGCUUCAGCAACAUGACCCAGCUCCUCACCUUAAUUCUUAGUUACAACCGUCUGAGAUGUCUUCCUCCUCGAACCUUCGAUGGAUUGAAGUCUCUUCGAUUACUUUCUCUACAUGGAAAUGACAUUUCUGUUGUGCCUGAAGGUGCUUUCAACGAUCUUUCUGCAUUGUCACACCUAGCAAUUGGAGCCAACCCUCUUUACUGUGAUUGUAACAUGCAGUGGUUAUCCGACUGGGUGAAGUCGGAAUACAAAGAACCCGGAAUUGCUCGCUGUGCUGGUCCUGGAGAAAUGGCAGAUAAACUAUUGCUCACAACUCCCUCCAAAAAAUUUACAUGUCAAGGUCCUGUGGAUGUCAAUAUUCUAGCUAAAUGCAAUCCCUGCUUAUCAAAUCCCUGUAAAAACGAUGGCACCUGUAACAAUGAUCCCGUUGACUUUUAUCGCUGCACCUGCCCGUAUGGUUUCAAGGGCCAGGACUGUGAUGUCCCAAUUCAUGCAUGCAUCAGUAACCCAUGUAAACAUGGAGGAACUUGCCACUUGAAAGAAGGAGAAAAAGAUGGAUUCUGGUGUAUUUGUGCUGAUGGAUUUGAAGGAGAAAAUUGUGAAAUCAAUGUUGAUGACUGUGAAGAUAAUGACUGUGAAAAUAACUCUACAUGCGUCGAUGGAAUUAAUAACUACACGUGCCUUUGCCCACCUGAGUACACAGGCGAGUUGUGUGAGGAGAAGCUGGACUUCUGUGCCCAGGACCUGAACCCCUGCCAGCACGACUCCAAGUGCAUCCUGACGCCAAAGGGAUUCAAGUGUGACUGCACGCCAGGAUACGUCGGCGAGCACUGCGACAUUGACUUUGACGACUGCCAAGACAACAAGUGUAAAAAUGGAGCCCACUGCACCGAUGCGGUGAAUGGCUAUACGUGCAUCUGCCCUGAAGGCUACAGUGGCUUGUUCUGUGAGUUUUCUCCUCCCAUGGUUCUCCCUCGGACCAGCCCCUGUGAUAAUUUUGAUUGUCAGAACGGAGCUCAGUGCAUCAUCAGGGUAAAUGAGCCAAUAUGCCAGUGUUUGCCUGGCUACCAGGGAGAGAAGUGUGAAAAAUUGGUCAGUGUGAAUUUUGUCAACAAAGAGUCUUACCUUCAGAUCCCCUCCGCCAAGGUUCGGCCUCAAACAAACAUCACUCUUCAGAUUGCCACAGAUGAAGACAGUGGAAUCCUCCUGUAUAAGGGUGACAAGGACCAUAUCGCUGUCGAGCUGUACCGGGGACGUGUUCGUGCCAGCUAUGACACUGGUUCCCACCCGGCUUCUGCCAUUUACAGUGUGGAGACGAUCAAUGAUGGAAACUUCCACAUUGUGGAACUACUCGCUCUGGAUCAGAGCCUCUCCCUCUCUGUGGAUGGAGGGAGCCCCAAAAUCAUCACCAAUUUGUCCAAGCAGUCCACCCUGAAUUUUGACUCCCCACUCUACGUCGGAGGCAUGCCGGGCAAGAACAACGUGGCGGCGGCUCUGCGCCAGGCCCCCGGGCAGAACGGCACCAGCUUCCACGGCUGCAUCCGGAACCUGUACAUCAACAGCGAGCUGCAGGACUUCCGCCAGGUGCCCAUGCAGACGGGCAUUCUGCCCGGCUGUGAGCCGUGCCACAGGAAGGUGUGCGCCCACGGCACGUGCCAGCCCAGCAGCCAGUCCGGCUUCAGCUGCGAGUGCGAGGAAGGAUGGACGGGGCCCCUCUGUGACCAGAGGACCAAUGACCCCUGUCUGGGAAAUAAAUGCGUACAUGGCACCUGCCUGCCCAUCAACGCGUUCUCCUACAGCUGCAAGUGCCUGGAGGGCCACGGGGGCGUCCUCUGUGACGAAGAAGAGGAUCUGUUCAACCCCUGCCAGACGAUCAAGUGUAAGCACGGGAAAUGCAGGCUCUCAGGACUCGGGCAGCCCUACUGUGAAUGCAGCAGCGGAUACACGGGGGACAGCUGCGAUCGAGAAAUUUCUUGUCGAGGGGAACGGAUAAGAGAUUAUUACCAGAAGCAGCAGGGCUAUGCGGCUUGCCAGACCACCAAGAAGGUGUCCCGCCUGGAGUGCAGAGGCGGGUGCGCGGGGGCGCAGUGCUGCGGACCUCUGAGGAGCAAGCGGCGGAAAUACUCCUUCGAAUGCACUGACGGCUCGUCGUUUGUGGACGAGGUUGAGAAGGUGGUGAAGUGUGGCUGCACCCGCUGCGCCUCUUAAACGCGCCCCUGGCAGCUUCGGUCUUUGGAAAAUGUCAUAUACUCCUUGGCCCUGUUGGACUAAUCAAUGCUUCAUAGUGGAAAUAUUUGAAAUAUAUUGUAAAAUACAGAACCGACUUAUUUUUAUUACGAGAAUGAAGACUUCUUUUCUGCAUUUAGAGAAAAAAAAAUGCUUGAACUAAAGCUUCCCGGAUGCUGGAGAAGUAUGAAGAAAGGCACACCUGAAGGCAUCUGAGCCGCGAUGCAACCCAGACUCAGCUUUGCAACGCGCUGCAGACCAGCAGAAGCACAUACUCAAAGGAGAGAAGAGAUGCUCUGUGUUGACGUGAGGUUGCCGAGAGCAUCAUCGCCUGAGCCCUCGUCCGCACCCACGCGGUUCAGGAGGACAAGCCAAGCGCACGUGUGUGAGUGAGGACCCAAGGCGGUGGAACGGAGCUCCAGAAUUCACAGCCAGAACGAACAGAUGAGAAGUAUUUUGUGCAAACUAUAAAGUGUUCUGAAGACCUGGGUUCCCUCCAUCAGAGGAGACGAGAGUGCUAAAAUCAAUUUUAUCUUCCUUUUAAACGUCAGCAUGUUAGCAGGAGAAGCACACAAAAGUGUUUAUCUGCCGUUUUCCAGUAUUAAUUUUUUUUGUAAUAUAAAUGACAAAGGAGAUGAUAAAGAACCAAUAGAUUAUUGAUAAAGAAAUUAGUAAUAAUAUGAAUUUUUGUUUCUAUGAGUUCUAAACAGCCCUAUACAGUAUUCGGUUUCAAUGAGAAAUAUUUAUUGUAUCAAAGUACAUUGUACUUAACAUUUUAGGCCAUCCUUUUGCUGUUUCUCGAUGCUUUAAUAUAUAUUAAUUUAUAAUUGUCCUGAUAUUUUUGUACAUUUUUCAAACUUAAAAAUCAGGAUUAUCUUUUUUUUUUUUUUUUGGCAAUAGUACUAACAUAAGGUGUUCUCUUGGGAUAAAUAUGUGUUGAUCUGUUUGUUUACCUUGACAUCUGACCACUGGUGUCACUGACCUACUGGCCUCACUCAGGACACCUGCAGAGGGUGUGUAAAGUCUGUGAGAGACGGUCCUUGUACAGAAAGUGGCCCCUCUGCAGGGUGUCGUCACAGAACAGAAAUGGUGUGUAGCAAUCAACACUAGAAAAGUAGAUCUUUUACAAAUUACUAUUUCCUUGACGCUUUUUUUUUUUUUUUUUGCCCUUUUACUGGGGGUGGGGUGGGGAGAGAAAAGGCUGUAACGUCAAGAACUGUGAUUUUUCGUUUUCCAAACAAUAAAGCUCCUUUAUUACCUUAA